GGGGCGGGCCCCAGCCCUGCCCUUCCGUGCCUAUAAAGGGUGGCGGAGGAGCGCUGCGCCACCUCCUCACUGCGCGCUGGGCGGCUCGGAGGCAGCAGGAACAUCCCGAAGAAGCAAAGAUGGUGAAAGUCGGAGUCAACGGAUUUGGCCGCAUCGGCCGCCUGGUCACCCGGGCUGCCGUCCUUUCUGGCAAAGUCCAAGUGGUGGCCAUCAACGAUCCUUUCAUUGAUCUGAACUACAUGGUUUACAUGUUCAAGUAUGACUCUACUCAUGGUCAUUUCAAGGGCACUGUCAAGGCUGAGAAUGGGAAACUUGUAAUUAAUGGGAAUGCUAUCACCAUCUUCCAGGAGCGUGACCCCAGCAACAUCAAGUGGGGAGAUGCUGGUGCUGAAUAUGUUGUGGAGUCCACCGGUGUCUUUACCACCAUGGAGAAGGCCGGGGCUCACCUGAAGGGUGGCGCUAAGCGUGUUAUCAUCUCUGCCCCCUCAGCUGAUGCUCCCAUGUUUGUGAUGGGUGUCAACCACGAGAAGUACGACAAGUCUCUGAAAAUUGUGAGCAAUGCUUCAUGCACUACUAACUGCCUGGCACCCUUGGCCAAGGUCAUCCAUGACAACUUUGGCAUCGUCGAGGGUCUUAUGACCACUGUCCAUGCCAUCACAGCCACACAGAAGACAGUGGAUGGACCCUCUGGGAAGCUGUGGAGGGAUGGCAGAGGUGCUGCUCAGAACAUUAUCCCAGCAUCUACUGGAGCUGCUAAGGCUGUGGGAAAAGUCAUUCCUGAGCUUAAUGGGAAACUUACUGGAAUGGCUUUCCGUGUGCCAACCCCUAAUGUCUCUGUUGUGGACCUGACCUGCCGUCUGGAAAAACCAGCCAAGUACGAUGACAUUAAGAGGGUAGUGAAGGCUGCUGCUGAUGGGCCCCUGAAGGGCAUCCUGGCAUACACAGAGGACCAGGUUGUCUCCUGUGACUUCAAUGGUGACAGCCAUUCCUCCACCUUUGAUGCGGGUGCUGGCAUCGCACUGAACGACCAUUUCGUCAAGCUGGUUUCCUGGUAUGAUAACGAGUAUGGAUACAGCAACCGUGUUGUGGACUUGAUGGUCCACAUGGCAUCCAAGGAGUGAGCCGAGCACACAAGCCCCCCUGCUGCCUAGGGAAGCAGGAUUCUCCCUUGUUGGAGCCCCUGCCCUUCUUCACCACCGCUUAGCUCUGCAUUCUGCAGUGAGAGGCCAGUUCUGUUCCCUUGUCUCCCCCACUCCUCCAACUUCUCCCCGAGCCUGGGGGAGGUGGAGAGGCUGAUAGAAACUGAUCUGUUUGUGUACCACCUUACAUCAAUAAAAGUUAUCACCAUCUGAAA